AUGCUGGCAAACACCCGCAUACUCCUCUCGAUCUGCCUACUUCGGUGUGCGCUGCUAGGACAAGCGCAGGCCUCUGGAUCACCGUGUCCGGCUCAAGGUGCCACAGAAUGGAGUCUAGAGUAUGGCAUUCCCCUGCUCGCCUAUGAAAAAGGCUUCAAUGGGCUCUUGAAAGCUGGCCUAGGAGCAAACCAGCUGGCUCCAAGCUCUACAUUGGCCACUCCCCAGUCUACAGCAGUCGUCAAACCGAAUCGAGACACCCUCUAUGCCAGUGUCUUCUACGAUUUGUCCAAGCAGGACCUGGUGGUGGAUGUUCCAGAGGUUGACGACCGCUAUUAUGCCGUUGCUUUCUACACACCAUACGGGGACAACUAUAUCAACUUGGGCCCUGUGGGAGGCAACCCAGCUGGAAAGUAUCUCCUGACCCUCGCACCGUCCAGCAGUGCUAUGGGGACUUUCUCGACGUCCAGCAACGAUGGCUAUAUGGGCACCGUGCACUCUCCCACCACAUUUGGGAUUAUUCUGUAUCGAAUUGUUGUCAAGAACGCAACCAGCGACUUGUCUGUCGUGAGCGAUAUCCUCAAAGACUAUAACAUUGCAGUGGUAUCUCGCAAUGGAUCGGCGGUUGGUCCGGCGCUCGACAGUGCCAUAUUCGCAGUCCUCCCACGCUCCACGGCGGAGAGUGUGAUGGAGUUGAACACACGGUUCCAGGCCGUCUCGCCUUACAAUGCCUCUGGCAGCGAGUCCCCUCCCACCACAUCCAACUUCACCCAGGCUGGUAUCUCAGGCGGCACAUACACAGCCUCAAGCUGCGUCAAUCUAACCUCGGCAUGGUUGGCAGCCCAAACUGCGAUCCAGUCAUUUCCUCAAGCGAACGGGAGCGUGCUGGACAUGGGUAAUGGGUGGACCAUCAACAGUCCACAAUACUCUGGUGUCUAUGGUGACAACAUAGUGGCUCGCGCCUAUAUUGCCCAAUUUGGUUAUCUGAUGCUUCAGCCUGCACAAGCCAUUUAUCCGACUUUUGCAGGAAACCUCAGCCUGGGGGCCAAUGAAUCGUACAUUCUGAGAUUCUCUGGUAAACCACCGCUGACGAAGCUCGGGUUUUGGAGCGCCACCAUGUACAAUGCCGCUGGCUAUCUCGUGGACAAUCCUAUCAACAGAUAUUCUCUCGGCGAUCGUGAUAACCUGACCUAUUCUGAUGGCACUCCUGUGUACGGACCAGGCAGUGUCGCCGCGGUGGACAAGCCCUUUGACAUCCUCGUCCAGGCCGCGCAGCCACCGAGCAACUGGACGUCCAACUGGUUACCUUCGCCUCCAGAAGCAGGUCCUUUUGUCCUCUUGCUUCGGUGGUAUGUGCCUGCGCCGGGACUCUCGGACGGAAGCUAUAUCUAUCCCCUCGUGACGAAAGGAGGCGCUGUUACCGGAAACCUGGAGUCACAGCCUUCGCCAACUCCAGCUAUCUCAUCGUCUGCGGCAGGCCCAUCGGCUUCUGAAACAGUUUCUGCCAGCGGUUCUGCGGCCUCGUCUUCAGGUUCGCCAUCAUCGGCUGCCGCACAUCGACUGAAUCCCUUGGCGAGGCGGCCUGGGCAGAGUGGGAAGGUAUGGCAGGUUUUGGGGCUUCUUGUCGGAAUAGGAUAUCCUGUUCUGCUACUCUGA